AUUCGAAUGAAACUUCAAAACAUUUAACUGGACAUGACAUUUCUAGUUUCUACAAAUUGUUAUCCUCGACAUGACGUGAUUUGUAGAUAUCUUAGUACAUUUUUUUGUUGAAAAUGUUUUUUUAUAUAAUAAGCUAGAAAAUUAAACAUGUUCACGUACAUUCUAGAAAUUAAAAAAGAGCUAUUGGUGUGCGUAUCCUUGUCGGUGUUAUACUUAACCUAUUAUCUAGUAGAGGUAGUCAAGAAACCCAUAUUAAUUUGCCGGAAAGGCGAAUUUCGACAACUUCUAGAAAAGAAUGUGCCGAUUCUGAAUGAAUAUUAUUGGCCCACGCCGUGGUGCGUGGAAUCGAGGUUGCAGACGGUAAUCGGGUCUAUACUACGUUCGCUGUUGUUGCCGCCGCUUCAAUUUCGGCGAGAGGUGUUGAAGCUCUCGGAUGGCGGGCAGGUGGCCCUGGACUGGCUGGAGGAGGACGAUGCGGGGGCGGAGUGCCGCGCCGUGCUGCUGGUGCUGCCGGGGCUGACGGGCGGCGCACAGGCGGACUACGUGCGAUGCCUGGCGGCCGCCGCGCGCCGGCUCCGCGCCGCGCUCGUCGUGUUCAACAAUCGCGGCCUGGGCGGCUUGCCUCUCACCACGCCGCGCCUCUACUCCGCCGUCAGCCACGAGGAGGUGGGCGAGGCGGUGAGCGCGGUGCGGGCGCGCGGCGUGCCGGUGCUGGCGGCGGGCGUGUCGCUGGGCGGGCUGCAGCUGGGCCGCUACCUGGCGGAGCAGGGUGCGAGCGCGCCGGUACACGCCGCUCUCAUCGUCUCCUCGCCGCUCGACGUCGUCAAAGGGUCGCAGUGCAUGGAGCGCGCGGGGCUGAACGCGGCGCUGUCGUGGCACAUGGCGCGUCAGCUGCGCGGCACGGUGCGCGCGCGACUGCCCGCGCUGGCGAGCGGGGUGCGCUCCUGCCGGUCCGUGCGCGCCUUCGACGCGGCCUUCACGGCGCCGCACUUCGGGUUCGCGUCGCCCGAGGCGUACUACCGCGCCGCCUCGCUGGCCCCCCGGCUGGGGCGCGUGGCUCGGCCGCUGCUCUGCCUCUGCGCCGCCGACGACCCCUUCCAGCCGCUGGAGGCGCUGCCGGUGCGCGAGGCGGCCUCCAGCGCGUGCGUGGCGCUCUGCGUGACGGCGCGCGGCGGACACAUCGGCUUUCUGGAGGGCUGGUGGCCGGCGCGCGCUCCCCACACGCAGUACGUGGCGCGCCUCGCCGAGCAGUACUUCGCGGCGCUGCUGCCCCCCACCACCACCACCACCACCUCCACCACCACCUCCACCACACCUCUACUCUCUUAGUGAUUACAUAUUUUGCACUCACAAAAAUACACCCAUAUAGGCAUACUAAAUAUAGGAAAAUGAUGCGCAUAAAUUAGUUAAUAAUAAAAGACAAUAAGAGGGCAGAGGAGGGCGGAGGAGGGCGCGAACGCACCGGAUGUCCACGCAAUGAAAACGCACAAUGGAAUUUGUUCCCACAUCUGGUGAGUUUAUAUAGAGAAGAGGUUUGCGAGAGCAGCAUGUCGGAGGAGAAGAAAGCUCGUUUGUUUAUACAACAGGAGCAAGCGGGAGAGAGGAGGAGAGAGGAGGAGAGAGGUGGAGAGAGGUGGAGGACGAACAAGUGCACUUAUUAUUUACACGAAGGCGGGAGGUCCGCGGCUGUAGCUACGUAAGGAUAUCAAAGCUUUUGCUUAACUUUUAUAGUAUUAUAUAGUGAAAGAAGCGAACGAGAGGAAGGUUCCAUUAAGUCUGUGAUGUAACUUACUGAUUAUAAAUGAUGUUGAAGUUAAUUGUUCUGUUGAGUCGCGUGAGGUUGCAUGAGGCUGCGUGAGGUCGUACGAAGCCGCAAGAGGUGUCAUGAGGCUGCGUGAGGUGGUACGAAGCCGCAAGAGGUGUCAUGAGGCUGCGUGAGGUGGUACGAAGCCGCAUGAGGUAUCAUGAGGCUGCGUGAGGUCGUACGAAGCCGCAUGAGGUAGUGCCUCACGCGACGCUGCGCUAAUUUUAUUAAUAUUGUUUUGUUUAGAAAAUGUUUUAAGAAAAGGUGCUUUAAUGGUAUAAUAUGAAUUCGUUGAAAUUAAUAACUUUUAUUAUAAAAUGUAUUUUAUACUGAGAUGCGUGUAGAGGUCGUAUUUACAAGUCCAAUAUAUAGUGCGGGGGAGGUGCGAGGGGCGUCAUCUAUGUGUGGACAAGAAAUAAAGGUAUUCGAAACGUAUGCACGAGUUUUAUUGUGGAGCCUCGUCUGUGCGAGCUGAGCAGAGCUGAGCCGGAACGCUGAGUGGGGGACUGCGCCCUCCAUCAUUACACGAGAUGACGAGAAACACAAACAGGAAAAUGAAUUGAAGUAAUUGUCGUGUAGCCCGCGAGUUAUGUACACAUGAACAAACAU